AAAAAUAUAGUGAAAUUUUUGCCAGUCUUAUUAUCGUCAUCAUCUAAUAAUAAAUAAUAAAAUAAUGGCAACACCACCACUAAAACGAUUCACACAAUGUGGAAGUCUCACAAUGUUAUUUGUUGUAUUUAUCGUUCUCUUUGGUGUGAGUUCAACAGCAUUAACAACGUUUGGAAAAACAAAUCCAAAUUUAAACAAUCCAACACCACCUCCUCCAAUAAAAGCAAAAGAUUGUUCUACACAUGCUGACUGUGCUAGUAUCGAAAAUACGAGUUGUGUCAAAGAUCCGGUUGAUGGAAGACUUCGUUGCCUUUGUGGUAGCAAUAAGCCACCUGCCAACGGGCAAUGUAAAACUAAACUAAAAGGAUUACGUCACUUGUGUCAGGAGUUAAUGAAUUGUGAAGACGGAAUGAUUUGUGCUAUAGAAAAUGCAACCAAGCCGGCAGCAUUUGGUGCUAAAGUGCAACCAGCAAGUCAAUACAAAGUCUGUCUUUGCGACGAAGCUGACGGCUGGGUUGAAGAUCUUCGUGGUACACAUUGUUCUGGAGCUCUUAACGUCGUGUCUGGUUUUGCACCUAUCUUAAUGGGACUUGUCGUAGGAACACUACUUGCUCAUAAGCAAAUGCAUUAAACAAAAAAAAAUUAACUUCUGAUGUUA